AUGAAGUUCGUGGUGACGCUGGCGCUGCUCGCUGUGGAGCCUCUGCCCGCGCGGUGCUCCCGGAUGGCCGCGCGCGCGCGGGGGUCCGCGGGCGGGGCGCCGCCGGAGAGCUCGGAGGAGGCGGCUCUGCGCCCAGCGCAUGGCCACCACAGGCACCACCACCACCACCACCACCACGGCAGGCAGCACGACGAGGCGCCCCGCCCGCAGCCCGUCGGGCUGCGCGCGGAGGCCGCCGGCCCCGCGUCGACGCCUUUCGACUGCGAGGCGGGCAGGGCCCGGUGGAGGCUGGGCUGGUCGGAGGCGAAGAAGGGGUGGUGCUGUAAACACGAGUGGUGGCCCGAGUGCGAGGACGAAGGCUACGCCUCGUCCUCGCCAUUUGACUGCGAGGUGGGCGUCCAGCGCUGGGAGCUCGGCUGGUCCGACGCGAAGAAGGACUGGUGCUGUCAGAACGAGCCCCCGAGGGGAUGUACGCCCACCACCACGACCACGACGCCACUCUUCGACUGCAAAGCGGGCCUGGACAAGUGGGAGACCGGCUGGUCCAGCGAGAAGAAGGAGUGGUGCUGCGAACGCGAGCCGCCCAGGGGAUGCCUGCCCUUCGACUGCGACGCGGGCUUAGCCAAGUGGGAAACCGGCUGGUCCGGCGAGAAGAAGGAGUGGUGUUGCCACAACGAGCCUCCGAAGGGAUGUCAGACAUCCACCACGACCACGACGCCCCGCUUCGACUGCCAGGCUGGCCUGGCCAAGUGGGAGACCGGCUGGUCCGACGAGAAGAAGGAGUGGUGCUGCGAGCACGCGCCGCCCAGAGGCUGCUUGCCCUUCGACUGCGAGGCCGGCCUGGACCGGUGGGAGUCCGGGUGGUCUGCGCAGAAGCAGGAGUGGUGCUGUGAACACGGCGGCAGGGGCUGCCCGAGCAGGACAACCACAACGACCACGACGUCGUCGACCACCCCCUUCGACUGCGACGCGGGCCUGUCGCGGUGGAAAACCGGGUGGUCCGACGACAAGAAGCAGUGGUGUUGCGAGCAAGAGCCGCCGAAGGGAUGCGACGAGCCCGCGUUCGAUUGCGACGCCGGCCUGGCCAAGUGGGUGACAGGCUGGUCGGAAGACAAGAAGGAGUGGUGUUGCGAGCACGAGCCGCCGAAAGGUUGCACAGUCACAACGUCCACAACUACGACCACACCCUACGAUUGCGACGCUGGGCUGCCCAAGUGGGAAUCGGGGUGGUCCGAGGCCAAGAAGGAAUGGUGCUGUGCGAACGAGCCGCCCAAGGGAUGCGCAAACACGACGACUGAGACCACCACCACGCCGUUUGAUUGCGACGCGGGCUUGGCCAAGUGGGAGACGGGCUGGUCUGGAGCGAAGAAGAGGUGGUGCUGCAAGCACGAGUCGCCAAAAGGGUGUAGCCCAGGCGACCUCGAGGCGUUCGACUGCGACGCCGGCCUGUCCAAGUGGGAGACAGGAUGGUCCGACGACAAGAAGGAGUGGUGCUGCGAACACCAGCCUCCCAGCGGGUGCGCAACCACGACUACAACUACCACGACCACAACAGCCCGUUUCGAUUGCGAUGCUGGAUUGUCGCGCUGGGACACGGGCUGGUCCGACGACAAGAAGGACUGGUGCUGCAAGAACGAGUACCCGAAAGGCUGCUCCGUCGACGAGCUGCCCUUUGACUGCGGCGCGGGCGUGCCCAAGUGGGAGACGGGCUGGUCGGACGCCAAGAAGGACUGGUGCUGCGAGCACCAGCCUCACAAGGAGUGCCCCGGCCAGUUCAACUGCACGGUGGGGGAUGUGGACUGGAAGGCGGAGUGGACGUCGGAGAAGAAGAGGUGGUGCUGCAAGCACAGGCCGCCAGGCGGCUGCGAGGAGGAGGACGAGGAGGAGAAGGCGAAGGCGGAGCCCGAGGAGCCGCGGGAGCCGGGGCCGGCAGAGGCCGAGGAGGGGCCGGAGGGGCCGCCGCGGCGCGGGCGCCCGACGCUGGGCGGCGCGGGCGCGCCGCCUCUGGGGCCCUUCCCGUGGGUCUACGAGCACUCCGGCGCGGUCGCGAGGGACCUGGAGCUCCGGGCGGGGGCCAGGUUCUUCCCCGAGGGCGCGAGCGCCCAGAUCGACAUGACGGAGAACGACAGACACAGGUCCGACGCCGUGUUCAGCCGGGAGCCGAGCGUCUUCGACGGGUGCGUGCUGGUGCGCGAUUUCGCCGCGCCCCUGCGCGUGGGGGCCGCCGUGCGGCGGCAGCGCGGCGGACUCCGGAGGAACGACACCGAGGGGCGCACGGCCGGCAUCCCCACCGACCUGCCCGACGACAUGUACUCGGGCCCGGGGGAGGGCCGCAAGAGGCAGGCCCCGGACAGGCUGCCCGAGAGCGCGCUGCUGCUGCGGGGCGGGGCCUACGACUUGGACAGCGCGGACACGUUCGGCGAGGGCGGAGGCCGCGCGAACGCCGAGCUGCAGAUGAACAUGUUCGCUCAUCUCGGGAGCGUGGCUGGCGAGGUCCCCGUGGUGCCGCACGGGGCUGUGGCGAAUUGGAUGUCGAAGCGCAGGGCCCCCGGCUCCCCGGCCACAGAAAGCUCGGUCCCCACGCGGUGCCCCUCGGCGGAGCUGCUGACCUUCGACCCACUCGACGACGACCACGACGCCCCCGCGCCGCAGCAGGGCGGCGACGAGCCGGCGCUCCUCGGGCCGGCGCUCCCCGAACCAGCCGCGCAUUCGGGCAGGAGGUGGUCCGGGAUGGCAGCGGCGCAGAGAGAGGCCCCCCUCCAGCGCCUCCGGUCCGAGGCGUACUGGGAGCUGCAGACCGCAUCCCGCCAGCGGACGAGGCGCGCGCCCUGGGAGAUGGGCGUCAGGCGGCGCAGCGCGCUCUCCGAGGAGGGCCUCCGCGGGACGGCGGCGGCCGCGGCGCCCGCGCCGGAGGACGCCGAGGGCGGCGGCGAGGGCGCCGCCGAGGGCGCCAGGUGCUGGGCGGGUGCCAUCUCCCGGGAGCUGCGCCGCAGGGUGCGCGGGCCCGCGCCGAGGGCCGUUGACAUCACAGCGACGAACGAGGAGUUCGGAGAGUGGCUGCAGUACAGGGAUCACCUCGCGAAUGAGGGGUUGCAGGAUAUUGCCCUUCACUCGUAUCUGACGCUGACGAGACGCACGACCCGCGAGCAGUAUAAGAGCAUACGUGAUGAGUAUGCCAACUGGCGGGAGGAGCGUGGCGAUCACGUCCAGCACGUGUCGUACUUCCAGUACAUCGACCUGGUACGUAUGGCCGAAGGCAGGCCGUAUGCCAGCGUCAUGCGGGGCACAUUCAGCAUUGCCUGCGAGUACCAGGGGUCGACCCAGCUCGAUUCGUACAAAACGAACAUUGUGUCAGGCUGUGGCAAAGACCUGCCAGCCAUCCUAGGCCUCGACAGUAUGCAGGACAAACGCACGAUCAUUGUGCUUGAACGAGGCCAGGAGAAGCUGCUAUUCCUUGGGAAGGGGCAGGUCAAGAUGGAGCUCCCCGAGGGCUCCAAGAUCAUGCCGACGACGAAGUUGCCGUCAGGGCAUCUGUCGAUCAGGGCAGCGUUUCGUGGCAUAGGGAGCUCCACCGUUGGCGCAUCGCGCUUCCCCCACCCAGGGCAGCGCUUCGUGGCACCAUAG